AUGACUGAAUGUGGUCUCAGUGCGUCCCUUCUGAUGCCCUUGGAGCUGAAGCAAGAAAUAAUGGAUGAAAAACAUGAGGAUGAUUCUUCUAAGGAAUCUGUACCAAAGAUAGCAGUCCGAGAAGUUGAAAACGUUUCUCCUCCCCGCCGAUCACCCCAGGAUACCACCGACGAAGAAUCUGAUUUCCAACUUGCCACUGAUUCUGACGGGAAUGUGAAUGUUCUCGCCAAAGAAGCAGCGGUGGCACUUCCUCCAGUGAUUACGGUCAGUUCUUCUCCAAACGUGACUACCUAAAAAUACCUGACCUCAAAACCACCUCAGUGAGCCAUUUCUCUAUUCACACGCUUUUGAGAGGUAUCCGCAGACCAUGAGAAUACGAGAGGCCUCCGAGAAAAACACUAUUUGUCCAGCACGGCGGCGACGGUCAACCACGGACCGUCCCGUCGUUACGAGCCACCCCGAAGCGACCGAAAUAGUAACACGCGAAUGAAUUCGCAAAGAGACUUUCCGCGCGCGCGCACCACCUCAGCUUCUCUCUUCCUCUUUCGAUUCAUCGCUCACUGUUUUCGUUUGACGAGACGGGACGGAGCGCACGUUCCCGAAAAGUCUAGAUCCUUGGGCGCGAAAGGUGGGUCGCAUUGCAAAUUGCAAACAUGAAACUUUGCGCAUGGAUCAUAAGCAGCUGAGAAAAUGAGGGGAAGGGAUUGUUUGAGAAACUGAUAGUCUAAGGGUUUCAGAAGAUUGUGAAAAGGCUUCAAGGAAUCUGACAGCGCACAUCUCAAGCUAUUGUAAUCUUUAGUUUAGUUUCGCAAGCAAAGCUGUUUUCGAUUAAGGUUGGCAUGCUGCAUCUAUUAAAAAGGAAGUAAAUUAAUUUCUCUCUACCGGUCUUGGGGAGUCUUGUGAACAAUUUUUUGACCCAUUUCCAGGACGAUUUUGUUGUUCCCCUACAGGAAUUUUUGCAAAUAGCUCUCGAAUUUCAACCGUUCGCUUGGUCGCUGUCAGAAUAGUUUCUAGUGAGGACAGUUCAGAAGAACGUGCUCACAAUAUCGCACCCACGCUCUUUGGAUGCAGCUCAUUUUCUAUUUUCGUUUGCGUUUCACCGAAAAAAGAGCACGGCGUUGUAGCGCGCGCGCGACGGACGCGGCGUGCGCUUGCCUGUGCGCGCCACGACGCGUACUCAUGAUCCUGACAUUGGCUCAUGUUUUGUUUGCCAUCCGCUGACCGACCGUCCGAACGUUGCUUCUAUUCCUGGGGUGGGAGUCUUUUCGUCCGGCCGCUUGCAUAAAACGUGCUUCGAAACUGGACUCGCUCCGGCGCAAGUGUGUCUGUGUGUGCGCUCGCGCGGACGGAAAGCGCCGAGCGACGGUCAGCGUGAAAAUAGUGGCGCUCGCGAGAGCGGUCCGGCGGCCGAAAACGGUCACGCACCGCGCCGAUCGCCGCAAAUAGUGCGCCCGCUCGCGCGCGAACAUCAUGAUACUCUCGUUUCGAGCUGCUCCUCUAGGGUCGUAGUCGUAGCAUUCAGCUUGUUAGCUUUUAGCACUAUGGAAUUUGUAGCUCAACAACCAGAUAUCACUGUACGUUUUUAACUACAAUAAAAUAAAAGCCAUCAUUAUAAUUUUGAACAUAUUACAGGUAAAAUGCGGAACUCUCACUGCGAAGAUGGUUACAAAACUCUUCACGUGUCCGGGAAUCCAUCAAAACUGUAUUUUGAUUGACGGUAAGUGCAAAGUCUAGAGAAAACUUGACGACUUAAUCUCUUUUUUUUUUAGGUGAAACAGAAUAUAUUAGUCCAAAAGAGUUCACCGUGCGGGCCAACAAGGAUAAGCAAAAGGACUGGAAAGGAAGCAUCAGAAUCGGAAAGUCAAAUCUUCGGACACUCAUGGAAAUGAGAUCUCUCGACUUUCACGAUCACCCGAACCAGUGCUCAGCCAAAUGCCAAAGUAGAAACUAUAUAACGCCCAAAGAUCCUACUUCGGAGCACAAUGCGUGAGUUUUCAGAACCCAUAAGCUUUCAAGCUAAUCUUUUUUCUCUAAUUUCAGGGGUCGUCGACGAUCGAGUACAACAAAACUGAUCCCUCAAAACAUGUUCAAUCACAUGCCUACUGGGUUCUCCACUUCUACAACUAACCUGUUCUCGGCUCCACAGAAAGAAUCUCAACUUCCCGAAGGACAACCAACUUUAGGUGAGUCAUCCACUUAGCCUUGAUGUGUGAAAUGCAGAGAAGUGAAAGUGUAAACCGAACAGAACAUCUAUUACGUCACAUGUUUCUGCUUUGUGAGUAAACUGACGUCUUUUCAGGUACACUCUUCAAAAACCCGACCUUCUCGCGGUUCGUAGCAAUCAGUCAGAACAUGAAGAACAACAACUUUUCAAUUCCAUCCACCGCUCAAACUCAAACAUCGAUGAUUCCUACAGCCGCCAUUAAAGAAGAAAUUACUUCCGUGGAUGACGUCACCAAUCAGCUUCUGCAACAACAACGUGCUGCAGCUGCUGCCACGUCAGUGUUCCCACAGUCUCUUCCGAGUCAACCAUCCACAUUGUGGAACAUGGAUUCCGCACGACUUCCUGGUGGCUUAGAACAACAUCCUCAAGAAUUUCUGGCCGAGAUGAUAAAUGCUGGACUUGGGGAUAAUAUAAUUGACAUGAUUGUUAACAAGAUUAACAACAUGCGCGAGAGGAUCAAAGGCAUCUCCAAUUGUCCUAAUCGUAAGUUAUUUACGGGGUGAUCUGAAAAUGAUAAGGUUCAUUUGCAGUUUUGCUGAAAAUGUUGUGCAGUUUGAAUGCAGCCGACACAUUCUGUAAUACCAUGCAAGCAGUGGAGAAUAUCCAAGCGGAAAUUGCCAAGGAAGAACGACUUUUGUUGAAGGGCCAAGCACAGGUGCAUCGUCUCUCAUCAGACUAUUCUUCGUUGGAGGAUGAGUGCCCGGGCAGAAAACGAUCUCUAGAUAUUGCUGAUCUCAUUGGACAACCCGCCAUCAAAAGGCCAUCUGUAACCACUUCCACGGUGAGUGUUUUUAAUGUUCAAAUUUUGUUGAAUGUUACGUUAUUUUUCAGCUGGAAGACGCACCUGAGCCAUCAAUGUCAACCCUGCUGACCACUGUGAAACCCAUGGUGCAUCCGCCAAAAGUGAUCAGUCCUCAGGAAAUGCUGAUGAACAUUGCUAGCAGCAUGAACUCGAGCAUUGAACGGAACCACGUGCUAGCCGCCCUACAAAUGGAGGAGCUCCGCACUGCAACUGCUCAAUGA